AUGCAAGAAGUUGAAGUCCCUCCUAGAGACAUUUUCGUCCACUAUGUCAAUGUACCGACAGGAAAAACUAUUAUAUGGUCCUUUUCUACUAAGAAAAAAAAUAUUUCGUUUGGAUUGUACCAAAGAAAAGCUGCAAUCGCGACUUCAGGUUCGACGGGAACUUCUAAAGAAGAAGGAAGUAGUUUAUUUUCUGCUUCUAUAAAAAAUACAAUCAUCACACCUAAAUCUUCGACAAAAAGUACAUAUUCAGCUAGUCUUAAAAGUAAAAAUUCCUUGGAAACAAUCAAGGCUGAAGAGAAUGAUGAUUCGAAUGAAGGCGAUGUGGGUUCCACAUUAGUGGAUUCGAAUUCUAUAAACAGAGGACGUAAGAAAACUGGUUCUACGCUAAUAAUUAAAGAUCCUGAUUUAAAAGAGAUAUUACCUAUCGAACAUUAUAAUUCCGCCAUGAACACAAUUAAAGGCAGUUAUAAAGUAACUGAAGAAGGAACCUAUUAUUUAGAUAAUGACCAAGAAGAACCCAAACCAGAUAUUGCCGAAUCCUACUUAUAUGUAAAUCUAGAAUUUGUUGAAAUUUACCUUCUUUAUUCAUACAUUAAUGGUUAUACAGGUUGGGCAAAACGUUGGGUCCAAAUUGACAAUGGUUUGCUUUCAUAUUAUCAACAUUCCCAUAGUCUUUGUCGAGGAACGAUACAUAUUGCUCUUUCAGCCAUUUCAUCCAGUCAAUCAUUACGUUUAAUAAAUAUGGAUUCUGGAACAGUGACAUAUCAUUUUAAAGCGUUCACCGAUGAUGAAUUUGAUGAAUGGAUGACCGUUAUUCGUAAAUAUAUAAAUCUUUCUAAUGAAAGACAAUUUUGUGAUCCUGAAUAUCCCAGAGUAGCUUCUCAGCAUUCAGGUGAUCUUGAGAGGCGGCAGAGUUUAUAUUUUAAGCGGCAAUCCUUGAUGGAAAAACGGCAAAGCAUAAAUAAAAAUGGUGAUAUUUCAAGUUAUUUUCUUCAAAAUAACUUAGAUGAAGACCUUAAAAAAAUUUACAGUGUAUUUAAUAACAUGGAAAAUGAGUUCAAAACUAUUGAAAAUGAUUUGGAUAUUUUUAAAAGUGCAAUUGAAAAUCAAGUUCCUAAUGGUCAUCCUAAAUCUGCUCAACCAAGCCCGAACAUUGAAGGAAAACCUCGUAAAAAGUUUACUCUGCCUUUGCAACGAGAUCAAAUUUGUGAGAAAUUAACUGCCAAUAUUAAAAUUCUAAAAAAAGAAAAGGACCAAGCAUUUAAUUUAUUACGUGUUGAAAUUGAGAAAUGGAAAACAUUGGAAUAUUCAUAUAAUAAACUUGUAGCAGAAAAUGCUGAUUUGAGCAAGUCCUUUUUUAAAUCAGAUAGCUUUGAUGAAAGGUUAGAAAAUGGACAUUCUGAUAAAACAUCCGAAAUGACGGAUUAUGAUAUAAAAAAACUCAAAACUAUUUCUAUGAGCACUAUGAAUACUCACUCGGAUGUGUUCUUUGAUGCUGAAGAUAUUGACUUGGCUGAAGAUCUUUCAGUGACAGAAAGUGACGUAGAUGUCACUAACGCUAAUAUUAGUGACGAAGAAAGUGACUUCGAUCAGCCUUCACCAGUGGAUAAAAUUCUCGAUAAACCUUCAAUCAAAUCUGAUAUUAAUAAACCAAUGUUAAUACAGAGGAGGAAAGUUCUUCCUGCGCCUAUUUGUGGUGAAGAUGUCAGUUUACUUUCUAUUUUAAGAAAAAAUGUUGGUAAAGAUUUGUCAACAAUUGCAAUGCCAAUUUCCCUUAAUGAACCUAUAAAUAUUUUACAAAAUAUGGCGGAAGCCUUAGAAUAUAGUGAAUUAUUAGAUAAGGCUGCGAGUCUAGAUAAUUCAUUGGAUAGAUUGAUCCAUGUAACAGCAUUUGCAGUAUCAGGAUAUGCUUCAACCUAUUACAGGACAGGUAGAAAACCUUAUAAUCCUCUUCAUGGUGAGACCUACGAAUGUGUUCGACCGGAUAAAGGUAUGGAAAUUAUAAUUAAAAGUGAUGCAAUUUUACCUUGA